GAGCCGGACCGCCAUCUACGCCAUGAGCGCGCUGCUGCAGCUGGUGCUGCGCACGGGCCGCGGGUGGCGCGCGGGUGCCCCCGCCGCUGCCUGCCUGCAGUUGGCGACUAGCGCAGGGACCCGGCCGCGCCGUGCUAUGGCCCAGUACCACACCGAGGAGCGCGGACAGCCCUGCUCGCAUAAUUACCGCCUCUUCUUCAAGAAUGAAACUGGUCACUACAUUUCCCCUUUUCAUGAUAUUCCUCUGAAGGUGAACUCCAAAGAGGAAAAUGGCGUUCCUACAAAGAAAGCACAAACUGAUGAAAAUGAGAAUCUAUUUAAUAUGAUUGUAGAAAUACCUCGGUGGACAAAUGCUAAAAUGGAGAUUGCCACUGAGGAGCCACUGAAUCCCAUUAAACAAUAUGUAAAGGAUGGAAAGCUACGCUAUGUGGCGAAUAUCUUCCCUUACAAGGGAUAUAUAUGGAAUUAUGGUACCCUCCCUCAGACUUGGGAAGAUCCCCAUCAAAAAGAUAAGAGCACAAACUGCUGUGGAGAUAAUGAUCCCAUUGAUGUUUGUGAAAUAGGCUCAAAGAUUGCUUCUUGUGGAGAAGUUAUUCAAGUGAAGAUCCUGGGAAUUUUGGCUCUUAUUGACGAAGGUGAAACAGAUUGGAAAUUAAUUGCUAUCAAUGUGAAUGAUCCUGAAGCCUCCAAGUUUCAUGAUAUUGAUGAUGUUAAGAAGUUCAAACCGGGUUACCUCGAAGCUACCCUUAAUUGGUUUAGAUUAUAUAAGGUACCAGAUGGAAAACCAGAAAACCGGUUUGCUUUCAAUGGAGAAUUCAAAAACAAGGCUUUUGCUCUUGAAGUUGUUAAAUCCACUCAUCAAUGUUGGAAAGCAUUGCUUAUGAAGAAGUGUAAUGGAGGGACUAUAAAUUGCACAAAUGUGCAGAUAUCUGAUAGCCCUUUUCGUUGCACUCAAGAGGAAGCAAGAUCAUUAGUUGAAUCGGUAUCAUCUUCAUUGAAUAAAGAAAGUAAUAAUGAAGAGCAAGUGUGGCACUUCCUUGACAAGUGAUUGGAACAUUUGAAAUUCUGCUGUCAAGAUUCCAGUCUCUAAGGACUUCAAGACUCUUUUUUUUCCCCAAAUGCCAGAGACAAGGAGGGUCUAUGAGCAUUUACUGACUUCCUGUCGAAACUUCAUUUUUUUUCAAACUUUUUGAGAUAUGUAAUAUAUAAAUAAACAGUAAGAUUUUUGAAUUACUCUCCUUUGGACAUUUAUUGAUAUUUUGUUUAAUUUCAUAGCACAAAUUUAGAGGCAUUGAGUUGACCAUUUCUAGUUUCUAUACCUAAAGGAACCCAAUGAUUUUAUUAGUUUUUAUUUCUAUAGGCUGGAUGUAAAAAUCACAAAUUCAAUAAUUUAAAAAAAUUUG